AUGUACCAUUCGUUAUCAGAUAUUGGUAAUUUCUUGCCAACGGAUGCCAGCCCCUCAACCGGACAAAGUGUGAAGCCGGACCGACAACAAACAAACGAGGCAACCAGUACAAAACGAUCAGAGCCAACUGCACAGAAAACACCAACGACCAAGGCACCCUCUACUAUCUCGUAUCCGUUCAAAACUACCUUCAAUCCACGCACUCGUUUAGGGCUUUUCAAUCAACGAAACGCGUUAAAUUGGGAUCCCAUCACGCGAAAGCCGUUGCCCGCGAUCACCACUCAUCACAUGUUCCAUCGAGUCAUUCAACCUACUAAUUUGACCGGAUCGAAACAAAACAACACCACCACCAACAACAACAGCAAUCCCACGCUCGGAAAUAGCGUGCCCAUCAUCCGUCCGGUAAUGUCAAAUCAUGCCCAAGUGGCCGCGUUCAAUAACAUGUGCUCCGUCCCGAACUCAUUGAUCUCCUUAGCCAACACUAUGCCAACUACGAUGACACUUCCUGUUACCACGGUAGCUGGUCGAUCAAUUAUGCACCAAUCCACGGGCAAUAUUUACGCCCUGGGACAGACUCUGGAUCCGGCUCAACUGUCCAAUCGAUCCCCGCAACACGUACCUCGAAGACAAGCCAGUUACGAACCCCCAGGCAAUGGAGGCGAUGUUGGAGGUGGUUCACAAAAUCGGCCAACAAUAAAAACAACCGGAUUGCAUUUACCAAGCCUUUGA